AUGAAGAACUAUUGCAACGAAUCGUUGCAAUCCGCCCCUGUCCUCCGCACGCUUCCAAUGAACACUUACCUUCCCACUGACCAAGUUCGCUGGCCCAAUGCUCUGCCUGAUACUACCAUGCAACCCCCUUACUCAACACCUACAAUACUUCCAUUUUCAUCUAUUGAGGAAUGCCAACUUCCCCAUCCAACGCCUGUCAUUCACUCCUCUGUCUCUCCUAACCCCAUACUCUGCGCUGAGCCCGGUGUUUAUUUCCCGGCGGGUUCUAAAGCCGACUUGCCUGGAAAAACUUACUCCUGUCCGAUCCCGAACCCGAGCAUGCCAUACCUACAAUCGAUCACGUCAUCUGGCGGAAGUGACUUGGUUCCAACAUUCACGCACUUUUCCGGAAUAAGGCUGCAGACGUUACACCUCUCCCGAACCUCGCUCUUCCAUCUCCCGCUCCCACUCGCUCUUCCACAAUACGACUCCUCGCGCUCUGUAAUGGUCCCAAAGCCAUUCAUCGAGGAUGACCGUACACCGAUCCGCAACACGCAACCACUCCCGCACCGGCUUAUUGUAAUAAGAGACUGACGAGCGUGUAAUUCAACCGUGGAGAGAAGACAACGGUUGGUGCGCAUCGCCAGGCUUCGCUAAACAUAUUACCAAAGAACGCGCGGUUCCUAACCCUCAUUCCCAACACACCAACUAUUGUUUCCAACCUUCCCGCUAUUUCCGGUGACAUAGCGAGGCAAACGGCUGAGACCACCCUGGAACACCUCCUCUCCGCGGCCGGGAUUGGCCCCAACAACCAACCAGCCUUCUUCGAGUCACACAAGAUCGGCUACCCUACGGGCUUAUCGGAUCCUCCACAAUCAAGGUACAAAGCUUUAAACACAGACUACUUCGAGAUCGUCGGGCCCGAAAAUGACAUCCGGUAUACCACGAAAAUACACGCGUUCCUCAACGCCAACCCAUACCGUGAGUGGAGCAAAGUACCACCACAAUUCAACCCACAAGUUCAUCUCUUAACGGCUCAUUUUUUGAACCAAGCAGACCCGUCAACGUUCGCGUCCCCACUGCUUGACGAAGAUGGCAAUGUGUGGCCUCGUUUGUUCGCUCACUUUACGGACACAAAAGAAAACGAUGUCGUGAGAUAUGUUCGCUUAGCUUUCGAUGCCCAACGACACUCGGGCAAAGAUGGUUUCGAGGCCAUCGAACGAGUUCCUGAGGAUCUGCUUCGCAAGGCGGUUAAAGCACACAUCGACAAGCACUUCGGGGAUAUGCUCGACAUCCCGGCAGAAUCCUGCAUCUCCAUCACAACAGAAUCAAGCAAUCGACAGGAUCAGUGCAAGGUCCUGGUCGCAGUUCGAUUGGCAUGCUCUACGAUGGUGGAUAAGAUUACAGCGUCAAAAGACCGGUCCACUUUUAGUGCGAAGCUCAACAUACCAAUUCGAUCCAUGCCGUGUCUAGCCCCACAGGCGAACAACAGGAUGGAACCGCUGUUGGUCGAGCAUACUAUCACCGGUGUCUUUAAACGACUUGUCAAAACUCGAGGGAUGCAAGAGCCGUACGCAAUCGUGGUCUUAUGGGCAAAAUCCAACAGCGAUCCUCAGAGUGUCGCUACCUACACGAUGAAAUGCCUUGCAGAAGCAGAGAAGCGACACAACCAAGAUUACCCCCACGAACCUAUUACGCGACCGGAGGGCGCCAUUGUUACUACCGAUUACGAGCCUGCGACAGGAACGGGCCAACAUCAAAAAGCGGUUUUUCGAUUCUCGAUCUCUACGUCCGCAUUCGCGUCAUACUUGGUCCAAAUGGUUCCCACACUGCCCGCUUUUGAUCGUCUCACGACUUGCUGGCACAAUGGAGACGAACGCGUGGCGAUCAGGGUCUGCCUCGACAGCGAACGCACAGAUGCCAUCUCAGCCCACUUCAAUAGAGCAACAUCUGACUCGCAAGGAUUGGCCGCCGAAAGUUCACAACAGAUUGAGAAUCACAUCGACCUCAUCCAAGACUCCAUACACACCAUAGCAACAAUCUAUUCCGAAGACAGACACAGGGCCGAACAACGCCACCAGGAAAGUCAGGAAGCGCUGAACAUGCUCCAGAUGAACAAUCAAUCACUUUACGCGGGAAUGGCAGGCAUGCAAAUGACAUCACAAGCACAAUUCGGUGUCUUUUUGGCCAACCAGGCACUCAGUGACCUCAGGAUGCAACUCUUUUCCUACCCCAAGGACAGUCAGGAGUACAACGACAUUAAAGAGGAGAUCGACGCGGCGAAACAGACAGUCAAGGAGGCGCAGCUCAUAUAUCAGCAAACUCUACAGCAAUCCAACCUAGCCAUUCAGAACGCCAACCCCAUUUUACAUCAACAACGACUGGUCAACAAUGCCCCGACAACACCCGAAGCCAACAUCACGAACAACUCGCCGACGAGAGAACGCGAUGAAUCUGGAGGCUCGCCCAGUAAGCGCGGACAUCUCACUCACCACGGACGUGUCGCCGAAGAGGAAGGGAGUCUUGUUUCAAGCGUCAUGAGGACAGAACAUCAUAUCGAGGAAGGAAUGUCUAUUGUCAGUACUCAACCACAAUCCCCAUUCUCUUCUCGGACCUUGUCUGACGAGGUGCUGCCUAUGGCCACAGGACCCAUAA